UGAUGUGUCUGCGCCUCCAGCAGUUGGAAAAUCGAAAGUAGUACAGACAAGAGUCGCCGGAUGCAACCGCAUAUCGCAGGGCCAAAACAGGCAACACCGCCACCACGCGCUCGUGACACCCAAGCGCCCAACUUCAUCUCCUGAUUACAAUCUCUCCAGGCUCAUGACCAAACAUGAUUGCAGGUAAAAACGCGAUUUCCCUGUUGCGCUCUGGGGCGCCCAGGUUGGGACCCGUAUCCGCCUGCGGCUUCUCGACAUCCCGAACCCUCAGGAACACAGGUACAACAUUGCCUGCAAGAAAGCCUGUGGGUGCAUUCCGUGGAGGGUUGUUUGGGUUCCUCGCUGGAACUGCUGUUGCCGGUGCUGCGGUCUACUAUUACAUCUUGGGGGAGUACAGAGUCGCAAAUCAAAUGCUGAAUGAAGAUAUCCAUGCUCUACAAGCAGCCACAACACGACUGCAAACUUACGUCACGGAACUGG